GCAGAACCACGGUCAUUAUGCACAUGCCAGCUCCUCCUCACUCCACCCCGGGCCAAGACCCUUUCAGCAGCGCGAGGCCUGGUUAACAUAUGACUCUGGCUGCAUUACUGCGUGGCAUCCCAGCACCCAUUUGAACAUUUCAGCAAUUUUAAACAAGCUCCACUGACAGGGACUAUUAAAUUGAAGCCAAAGAAGCACACAGGCAGAGCACAUUAAUUAUGAGCACGAGAGAAAAUGCUUCUGCAAGAAGGAAUUAAUGAAGAGAACUGCAAAAGAAUGUGUGACGACCUCUCCUGACACGGCAAAAACUUUCCACCCAUGUCACGACAAAGGGGAGAAGCUGCUGCAGCUGCCGCGGAAAUUCGCUGUGGCCGCUGCCUCUUCCCGCUUUAAUCCCAGACCUCCAGUCAUUGGGCAGCUCCUCAGAGGCAAGAAGUCAACACCAUGGCAACCCGACAAGCCUAUCAAAUCACCGGCUGGCGUGACAGCAGCAGCGCUGCAGGCAGCAGUGGGCUGGGCGGAAGAGCAGUGGCCACGACGCUCAGGUACACAGUCUGGGAGUGGACAGCAACUGUCAGCCUCCAGUUCUGGCUACACAGAUGUGCACCACCCAGUUCAUAGCCCUGCCCUAGGUCCCCUAGCAGGUGAGGAGGAGGAUAGACUUGAGGAAAACUAUACAGAUUUGGAACAGAUGCUGUGGGAAAUGGGAAAUAGCUGUCGAGAGAGGAGCAAAGGGAUUGCCAGUGUUUGUGAAGGCCCAGCUGAGGUUGGACAUCAUGACAAUGUAAUGAAAGCAAUCAGCACGGCUAUUCCAUUUUCUCCAACAACACGAGGUGGCCUGGAAAUAGGCAUGAUGAAAAUGGGCAACUAG